AUGAAUCCCUUCUAUCUAUCUAUCUAUCUAUCUAUCUAUCUAUCUAUCUAUCUGUUAUAUGACGGAACUAUAUUAACAUCUAUCUAUCUAUCUAUCUAUCUAUCUAUCUAUCUAUCUAUCUAUCUAUCUAUGUCAGUAUGUUCAUAUCUGUCUGUUUAUCUAUGUGUCCGUUUUUUCAUCUUCAUGUAUCUGUUUGUUUAUAUCUAUCUAUCUAUCUAUCUAUCUAUCUAUCUAUCUAUCUGUCUGUCUGUCUGUUCAUAUUUAUUCAUCUAUCUCUCUAUCUCAUUUUUUUCAAAUAUAUCUAUUUAUCAUUCACUGUUUUCAUAUCUAUUCAUCUCUCUCGCUCUCUCUCUCUCUCUCUCUCUCUCUCUCAGUUUCUUCACAUCUAUCUAUCUGUCUGUCUAUCUAUCUAUCUAUCUAUUUAUCUAUCUAUCUAUCGGUCUGUUCAUAUUUAUUCAUCUAUCUCUCUAUCUCAGUGUGUUAUCUAUCUACGUCAGUCUGUUAAUCUAUCUAUAUAGCAUUCUGCCUGUCUUUUCAUAUCUAUCCAUGUUUCUCGCUGUCUCAGUUUUUUUCAAAUCUAUCUAUUUAUCAUUCACUCUUUUCAUAUCUAUUUCUCUCUCUCUCUCUCUCUCUCUCUCUCUCUCUCAGUUUGUUCUCAUCUGUCUAUGA